AUGAUGUCGAAGCGGCUCCGCGCGCUCCGUAAGAAGAAGAAGCGGAUUGCAGACAUCGAGGAGGCGAAGGCUGCGGGGAAGAAGCUUCAGCCGGAGCAGGAAGAGGUUCUGAAGCAGAAGCUGACGGUGUCGUUGCUGAUCGAGGAGUAUGAGAAGCUUUACACGCCGCUGCAGGCAGCCGUGCAUGAACAGGUGUCCGAUUGCGAGAAGGCCGUCGCUGCCGCAAUUCAGCAGAAGGCUGAGAAGGAGGCUGCAGAGGCAGCAGCGGCGGCGGCGGCGGCUGCCGCGGCUGCAGCUGCAGCUGCGGCGGCUGCUGCUGCUGAAGAAUCUUCAGUCGAAGCUGCAGAGGGAGUGGCUGCCGACGGAACAGCGGAGAAGGCUGAUGAGCAGACGGAUUCAACAGCAGGUGAGGCGGGCCAGUCAGCGGAAGUUGCAGGCCGAGAGGAAGGAGGAGCGGCAGAAUCUGCAGCAGCGGAUAAGUCUGAUGAGGUGGAUCGAGCCGUGAGAAGCGUCGUUGAGGUUCUUUACUUCGGUUCGCUUUUCGAUCUGCGAAUGGACUCCGCCGGAGCGUCGCCGCUGCUGAGCUGGCGCAACACGCAGGAGCGCACGUCGUGCCUCUCCUACGACCCUAUCACUGAUGACAACGCCGCGGCUUUCUUAUGCGACGCGGAUCUUGAUGCCGUCGCGAAUGCGGCGCGGCUGUUGACGACGCGCGACGCGAGCGCGGCGAAUCACAAGGAGGCGGUGGAUCGGUGUGUGGCGCAUGCCGUGGCGUUGGCGUCGCGCUCCCAAACCGCCAUCGACCCGUCCAUCCACCUUACGUAUGCACAAUUGCGCGAUCGCCUGGACCGCAUAAUCGCUUCUGGCUUUUUCACCAAAUGGGCCGAGGUCGUUUCAUCUGAGGUCGUUGCUGCCGCAGCCAUGGCUGCCCAAGGCCACUUCCCCUCCGCCAGCCCCGUCCCCGCUUCCUCCUACGCAGCAGCCCCAUCUGCUGCCGCCCCUGCUGCCGCCGCACCCCCUGCGCCUUCCGCCCCCGCGCCUGUGGAUUCCCUUGCGCCUUCUGCCCCUGCGGCCCCCCCGUCAGCUGCAGCCGCUGCGGCUCCCGCUGUGCCUUCCCCAGGGGGACCGUUGCCUGUGAACGGAGUGGUGUUUGGAUCCGUGUCCCCGGACACGCUAUCUGCGGUCACUGCAGCCCCUGUGACUGUUCCGCUGGUGCAGGGCGCGCCAGUGCCAGCGCCUGUUCCGCCAGUGCUUGAGCCGUCGCCACAGGCACAGGCGGAACAGGCGCAGGUGGCAGCGCAGGCAGCAGCACAGGCGGCAGGGGGAGCAGUGGUUGGGCAGCAGGGAGUGCCGGUGGUAGGGAAUCAGGGUGUGGUGGAGCAGGCGCAGGGCACGGUGGGUGCUGCGCAGGCUUCUCAGGCGCCUCAGGUGGCGGCUACUGCUGGUCAGCCUGCUGCAGUGGUGGUGCAGCAGGCGAAGCAGGCGCAGGUGCAACAGGGGCAGCCUGCCACGCAGGUCGGUACUACCCCAGCAGCACCUGCAGGGCACCAGCACCCACAGGUGCAGCACACGCCAGUGGUCACUUCCCGCAGUGGUGGCGGCAGUGGGGGGAGGGGCGGAAUCAUGGGCGCAGGCCCGGGGUACAUGGGCGGACGGGGCUCCAGGGGCGGGUACCGUGGGGGAGGAGGGCGGGGGGGAAGGGGAGGAGGGGGAGGGCGCAUGAUUGGGGGAGGGUACGUGAUGUAUGACCCUGUGCUGGUGAAUGCUGGCAUGAUGGGAGGUGUAGUGGGCGCCCCUGGUAUGGCACCUGGCAUGGCACCUGGGAUGGCACCUGGGAUGGCACCUGGGAUGGCACCUGGGAUGGCACCUGGGAUGGCACCUGGCGUGACACCUGGCAUGAAUGCUGGAGUAGCACCCCAGGGUGGGGCCAUGGGAUCAAUGUAUGGGGGGGGAGGUGCAGGCGGAGGGGGUCGAAGGGGUGGGGGGCGCUCCAGGGGAGGGCGGAGGGGAGGGAGAGGAGGGGGCUAUGAUGGCGCAGGGGGAGGAGGCAGGGGAGGGGGGUCGGUGGUGGGGCCGAGCAGUGGGCCAGUGAUGGGGGGUGGCAUGGCUGCGGGUGCUCCUCCUGUAGCCGGGCACUAG